AUGGGCCCGCGCCGGAGCCGCAAGCCCGAAACACCAAGGAGGCGCCCCGCGAGCCCGGCUCCCGCCGCCCGCCGGCUGGCCCCGUCCUUAGGCACGUCCUCCCGUUCACCUGCUCGCCGGAGAUACGGAAUCCUGAAGGAGAUCCGAACUCUUCAGAAGACCACACACCUGCUGUUAAGAAAGACCCCCUUCUGCCGCCUGGCAAGAGAAAUAUGUCGUUUUCAUCUCUUCGAGGAUGCCUAUCUCCUCUCCUUACACGCCGGCCGCGUCACGCUCUUCCCAAAGGAUGUGCAGCUGGCCCGGAGGAUCCGAGGCAUUCAGGAAGGGCUUGGCUGAGCUCUG